AUGACAACCGUCGAGGUCGAGCUCGAUCACCUCGGGGCUUCGCAGGUCAAGCUUCAGUGUCCGGCAAAGGUGAGCACCCCGCAACUGAGUUCCGGCUUCUCCGCCGAAGACUCGUCAGACCGUGAAAAUGAUGCCGAGGCCGGCACCGGCGACGAUGAUUCCUACCGGCCGCCCAAUGCUCUCGCAGGCAGCCCGGAUGUUAAAAGGGUUCCUUACCCGAUAACUAGGGCGGGAUGGAUCGUUAUUGUCAUGGGAUCUCUGGAGAGAAUGGCAUUUUAUGGUGGGAGUACGCCUUUCCAGAACUACAUCCAAAGAAGCGGGAGCCCAGGUCAUCCCGGACGGCUCGGGAAGGGACAGGUGGCGGCUACGGCCUUGAAUCAGUACUUCUUCUUUCUGAGCUACCUGACCCCUGUCAUGGCGUCGGCCAUCUGUGAUAGUGUCUCCGGAAAGUAUGGCGUGAUUCUUGCCUCGUCUAUCGCGGGCAUUGCGGGCUGGGGCCUCAUAGCAGGCACCUCGGUUCAGUCAGUUGCGGUCGAGGGUGCGUUGGCAGGUCUGGUGGUCGGCAUGGCCGCCGUGGCGGCUCGUGGGACAGGCAUGACUGUCGCCUCACCCUCAAACCCGACACUGCGAGGGCGUCUUAUUGUGUACGAUUCUUCUCUGAACGUUUCACACAUCUUCCACUGGUAUUAUCUUUACAUCAACGCCAUUGGAUUGGUCGGAUCUCUUGCGACGCCUUUCAUCGAAAUCUACUCGACGUACCCGGUCGUCUUCCUUUUCGCGACGGGCUCCAUGGCUCUCGGCACAGCCGUGCUUGUGUUAGGCAAAUCAACAUUCAAGAUGGUCAAGCCCCAACAGGGGCUUGUGAGCGACUGCGUAAAGUCUGUCAGGAUCUCGCUUGCCGAGCGCAAGAGAAGCCGCUCGGGCGGUCUCGCAUGCGGCCACUUCUUGGAUCGAUCAAAGGCUAGUUACCAAACGGCUUUGUACGGCGCCAAUAGUAGUGGAGUCGCCGACCAGACAGUCGAGGAUCUCAAACGUGCCUUGGAUACGCUGCGCAUUCUCCCUCCGCUCGCCGUUUUCUGGCUGGCCUUCAACCAGUGCUCCCACAACCUCCUCUCCCAAGCGAGUCAGAUGCGCAGGCCGUCGUGGUUGAGCAACGACCUGAUGACCAACGCGAACCCGAUCGCACUCACCGUCUUCGUGCCCGUUCUGGAUCACUACGGCUUCCCCUGGUUGAGAAAGAAGGGCUGGGAGCCGACACCGAUUAAGCGAAUGACCUUUGGUUUCCUGCUGGCGUCUCUCGGAAUGGUGUAUGCCGCCGUGUUGCAGGCUUUCAUCUACCGUGCGGGCCCGUACUUUGAUCAUCCCGGGGACCGCUCCAACAACAUUAGCGUGUGGUGGCAGCUGCCGCCAUAUACUAUCGUGGCGCUGGCAGAGAUAUUCGCCGUCAUAACAGCGCUCGAGUACGCCUAUAGUCGCUCUCCGGCUUCCAUGAAGACGUUCGUGUCGGCGAUGAAUGCAGUUCCGAAUGCCGUGGCCUCUCUUCUCGUUUACGCCCUCCUCCCGCUCAACAGAGAUCCUUAUCUCACAUGGAACUUCGCGACAAUUGCAUUGCUUGCCUUCACCACGACCAUAGUAUUUUGGUGGCUAUUCCGAAAGGAGGACCGAGAGUGGAAAUCCGAAGCCGACGAUAAGCAUCGUGAUGCGCUCAACCUGUAA